AUGCCCGCUGUUCCUGCUUCCAGCUUUGUCUUAAUCUCGGGUCCCAGUGGCUUCCUCGGCGCCCAUGUCGCCCAGCAGCUCUUGCAAGCCGGUUUCCGCGUGAGGGGCACAGUGCGGUCGAAGGAGAAGGGACAAUACCUCGUCGACCGCUUCAAGCAGCAGGGGCUUGACAAGUUCGAAUUCGUCAUUGUCGAGGAUGUCGAAGCUCCCGGCGCAUUCGACGAGGCGGUCAAGGGCGUUGAUGCUGUUGUCCACACCGCCUCCCCCUUCCACUUCAACGUUACCGACCCGUACAAGGACCUCAUCAACCCGGCUGUCCAGGGCACGCUUAACGCCCUCCGCUCCGCCGCCAAAGAGCCCCGCGUCAAGCGAGUCGUGAUCACCUCUUCCUUCGCCGCCGUCGUCAACCCGCACGACCCAGUCUACUCAUUCACCGAGCAAGACUGGAACGACUACAGCCCCAAGCAGGUCGAGGAGAAGGGCAAGGACGUCGACCCUUCGCAGGCGUACCGCUGCUCGAAGACUAAGGCGGAGCAGGCGGCGUGGAAGUUCGUCGAGGAGGAGAAGCCUUCGUUCGAUAUCACGACCAUUCAGCCGCCCCUCAUCUUUGGUCCGCUCGAGCACGAGGCGCCGUCCGCCGACAAGCUCAACACGUCGAUCAACAAUUUCUACGGCUUCCUCACCGGCAAGAAGAGCGCCGAGGAUGCGCAGGCCGGCUUCGGCUCCUUCGUCGACGUCCGUGACGUCGCCAAGAUUCAUGUCGAGUCGCUCCUCGUCGAAGAGGCCGGCAACCAGCGCUUCCUCGUCGCCACGAGCGACUCGUCCUACCAGCCCCUCCUCGACCUCUUCUUCGAGCACGCCGACGACUCGCUCAAGUCCUCCUUCACAAACGCGGAGAAGGGCAAGCCCGGCAACCCCAAGCCCAAGGCGAACGUCAUCGACACGUCGAAGGUCCGCAAGACGUUCAAGUGGCAGCCAAUCGAGGCCAAGGACACUGUCCUCGACAUGGCGAAGAGCCUCGCCGAGUACCAGCAGAAGUGGAGCGCGUAG